GUGUGGUUUCCGAGGUGGCUAUGUAGAGCUAAUCAAUAUAGACCCAGCUGUCAAGGCCAUGUUUACCAAAGCCAUUUCUGCCAAGUUGUGCUCUGCUGUCACUGGCCAGGCUGCCAUGGAUGUGGUUGUGAACCCACCUAAACCAGGUGAACCAUCCUUCGAGUUGUUUAAACAUCAAAAGGACACAGUCCUGGGCCAGCUAGCAGAGAAAGGAAGGAUGACAACCGAUAUGUUCAACUCCAUCAAGGGAAUCUCUUGUAACCCAGUACAAGGGGCCAUGUAUGCCUUUCCCAGGAUCGAUAUCCCCAAGAAAGCCAUUGCAGAAGCUAAAUCGAAGGGUCUGGCUCCUGAUGCAUUUUACUGCUACAGUUUGCUGGAGGAGACAGGCAUCUGUGUGGUCCCUGGCAGCGGAUUUGGUCAGAAGGAAGGAACUUGGCAUUUUAGGACGACAAUCCUACCUCCAGUAGAGAAGAUUGGAGAGAUGCUCAACCGUUUCGGGGAUUUCCACAUCAAGUUCCUGAAUAAAUAUUCUUAA